AAACACUGCCUCCUUUUGCUUUUGUGUUUCUUCUUUUCCAUAUCUUCUUUUACAUAGCUUCACACUCCCUUUUAAGUUUCUUGGCCUCCAAGUGGGUCUUGAGCUGUAAAAUAACGCAUACAUUACUUACAUUAAACACACUCCUGGAUUCUCCAAGUUGUUCUAGUGUGUGAACUUUUCGAGAGAAGGGUUUUCACUGCAAUGCUUGCUUUCUGAUAACUGCUACUCCUAUUAUACUCAUAAAGAAAGAAGUACUCAGGAAGGGAAAGAAGCAUGGCAGGAGGACCUGCGCCACCGCCAAAACAAGAAGAGCUACAGCCACAUCCAGUCAGAGAUCAGCUACCAAGCAUAUCUUACUGCAUUACUAGUCCUCCUCCAUGGCCCGAGGCAAUACUACUUGGUUUCCAACAUUACCUGGUGAUGCUUGGCACGACAGUUUUGAUUCCCACAUCUCUUGUUCCGCAGAUGGGGGGAGGCAAUGAGGAGAAGGCAAAAAUGAUUCAGACAAUAUUGUUUGUGGCUGGUUUGAACACAUUGUUUCAAUCAUUUUUUGGGACUCGCCUACCUGCUGUGAUCGGAGCUUCUUAUAGUUAUGUGCCAACAACCAUUUCAAUCAUUUUGGCAGCUCGAUACAGUGACAUUUUGAAUCCUCAAGAGAAAUUUGAAAGGAUAAUGCGUGGAAUCCAGGGUGCUCUUAUUGUUGCCUCAACUCUCCAGAUUGUAGUUGGCUUUAGUGGCCUUUGGCGUAAUGUUGCAAGGUUCUUAAGUCCACUUUCUGCUGUUCCCCUGGUCGCCUUGUCAGGUUUUGGGCUAUAUGAGUUUGGUUUUCCUGUGCUUGCAAAAUGUGUGGAGAUUGGGCUGCCACAACUCAUCAUUCUAGUAUUAUUUUCACAGUAUUUACCUCAUUUGAUACAUGGGCAUAGGCCUGUCUUUGAUCGCUUUGCUGUUAUAUUCUCGGUGGUGAUUGUUUGGAUUUAUGCUCAUCUGCUCACUGUGGGUGGGGCUUACAAGAAUACAGGGCCUAAAACUCAAAUAAGUUGUAGAACUGAUCGUGCUGGAAUCAUUGGUGCUGCUCCAUGGAUAAGAGUUCCAUAUCCUUUUCAAUGGGGAGCUCCUACUUUUGAUGCAGGAGAAUCUUUUGCUAUGAUGGCUGCUUCAUUUGUUGCUCUUGUAGAGUCCACUGGUGCUUUCAUUGCCGUGUCAAGGUAUGCAAGUGCAACUCCAAUUCCCCCUUCAGUUCUUAGCCGUGGUGUUGGUUGGCAGGGAGUGGGCAUUCUGUUCUCUGGGAUAUUUGGAACUGGAAAUGGGUCAUCGGUUUCUGUUGAAAAUGCAGGUUUGUUAGCAUUGACUCGUGUAGGUAGCCGAAGGGUUGUCCAAAUAUCAGCUGGAUUCAUGAUCUUCUUUUCCAUCCUUGGAAAAUUUGGAGCUGUCUUUGCUUCAAUCCCAGCCCCAAUCAUUGGAGCUUUGUACUGCCUGUUCUUUGCUUAUGUGGGUUCAGCAGGCCUCAGUUUUCUUCAGUUUUGCAACUUAAACAGCUUUAGAACAAAGUUCGUUUUAGGCUUCUCAGUUUUCAUGGGCUUAUCAAUACCUCAAUACUUCAAUGAGUAUACACUUGUUAACGGCUAUGGUCCUGUCCACACAGGAGCAAGAUGGUUCAACGAUAUGAUCAAUGUACCCUUCUCAUCAGAACCAUUUGUUGCUGGUUUAUUGGCUCUGUUCUUGGACUUCACACUGCACCAGAAAGACAGCCAAACCAGGAGAGAUAGAGGCAUGCAUUGGUGGGAUAGGUUCAGGAAUUUCAAGACGGACACAAGAAGCGAGGAAUUCUAUUCUCUGCCCUUUAACCUGAACAAGUUUUUCCCAUCUGUUUGAUCUUUGGGACAUGUAGUUUUGAAGUUGUGUGACCAAGUUAUGCGCUACUCCUAUAUCUUGCUCUGUGGGCAAUCACAUUCUGAAACGAGGAUCGCAUUUCUUCUUCUUUGAUCGUUAUUUGUUAGACGCUGUAAAUCAACUUAGUAGUAUGAUUGUAUGAAUAUCCUAUUUUUGGCA